ACAUUCGGUAAGUCAGCAUUUUUGUGUGAAAAGAAUCGUGUCUUACCGUACAGAAAUGGCCAUCGCUAUCAAGUGCUUAUCCUUCGUGGCGCUGCUGGCUGGAGCUGUUGUACUGAGCAAUGGAGCGGCCCUGGCUAGACGGGUAAGUCGUGGCGUACGCAUUACCUGCAAGAUAGUCAUUUUACUGACAUCCCGUAUUUUGUACUUUACAAUGGCUGUAAUGUAGGCAUUGACGUUGGUGAAGACAAAGACUGUAAUGUAGGCAUUGACGUUGGUGAAGACAAAGACUGUAAAGUAGGCAUUGACGCUAGUGAAGACAAAGACUGUAAUGUAGGCAUUGACACUAAUGAGGACAAAGACUGUAAAGUAGGCAUUGACUCUAGUGAAGACAAAGACUGUAAAGUAGGCAUUGACGUUGGUGAAGACAAAGACUGUAAAGUAGACAUUGACGCUAGUGAAGACAAAGACUGUAAUUAAGUCAUUGACUCUAACAAGGACAAAAUGUUUUGAGUUUUGAGAAUCAUUUUAAUUGCCAUUUUAACAACUCAAAGAUGACUAUCCGAUGGGUUAAUGAAUUGUUGUGGAUUAAUGAUCAGAUUUGUAUCUGACUUGUAUCUUCUUCUUCUUAUAUUUGAGGGCCCACGAUCAAUGUAUUGAUCAUUCUGGCUCCUGGUUUGAAUUCAGAGUUUGCCAUCUCUUAGAUGAGUUGCCGUCCAAGGCUAACGAGUUCCAUCCCCCCCCCAGGGGUGCUUGGGAUGUUGGCGCUUGUGGGGAUUGAACUCCAAAACACCAGCUAUCUGACUUGUAUCUGACUUGUAUCUGACUUGUAUCUGAUUUGUAUCUGACUUGUAUCUGACUAGUAUCUGAUUUGUAUCUGACUUGUAUCUGACUUGUAUCUGAUUUGUAUCUGAUUUGUAUCCGACUUAUAUCUGACUUGUAUCUGACUUGUAUCUGACUUGUAUCUGACUUGCAUCUGAUUAUGUGACUUGUAUCUGACUUGUAUCGGGGGAGGAGUGGUUUAGGUUGGUCGGGAGUGCAUCAGAUGAUCACAGACAAUCGCUUAUGGUCAGGUAUGAAUUGUGUAAUUAUUAUAUUACCGUUUAUCUGAAUUUGGUACAUAGGGACGGCAGCGAAAUCAGAGUGUGACCGGGGGAGUGGGGGUAUCAAACGUUCUGUUGACCCUGACUUCAUUCGACCUGUUAGAGGUGACUCUGUGGGUUAAACUCGAUUAUUUUUAAGUAUAUCUUAGUAAAACAUAGGAAUGUGUUCAACUAUGCAGCGGUCAGUAAGUCUGUCGUAAACAAUUGGUCUGGAGUAAACAAUCGGAAUGUUAAGUGCAGUGUCAUACAAUUGGGGAUUAUAUUGAAUUUUUUAAAAUGUAAUUACAAGGCCUAUAUAAUUGCAAUCUUGAAUGCCUUAGAAAUUAUCAAUACAUUCUGGAAUGGAGUUAAAGUUUAAAAAUACAUUCCAAGAAUUUAACGCGCAAACAAAAUUUAAACCGUUUCAAAUAAAUUAUAACAUCGUAAAGGAGUGACCCCCCUCCCCCUCAAUUCACGGUCGAACAAAUCAGAAAGACUUAAAUUUUGGCACAAACAACAAACACAAUAGGACCAAACAAAACCGAUCUGACACGAUGAGGAAAGACAUUAACCGUAUACAAUAGUAGGCCAUUUUUAUUCUGGGUCAGUUUUUAAAGUUGUCCUAAUUGGAGCCAGUCAUAAUUCUUGCUUUUUAUAUUCCUUAAAAUUUAACAGGAACGCGGAGCCACACAGGAGCCUGACGACAACGCUUGGUCACAAGUCCCAAAUGAGUGGUGGGAAGAGGUGGUCAAACAGGCAGCUCAAGAGUCUGACAGUGGCACUAACGCUUGGCACCGGGUAACAGAUCCCGAGGUGUGGGCUGACGAAGAUGAUCUUGAGAAAAGAAAUGAGGAGCCAGAAAACUAUGAAUAUUAUGAAGAAGGUGAUAGUGAAGAUACAACUGAUGAGCCAGAAUAUUAUGAAUAUUAUGAAUAUUAUGAAGAAGGUGAUAGUGAAGAUACAACUGAUGAGCCAGAAUAUUAUGAAGAAGGUGAUGUUGAAAAAAGAGAUGAUGAGCCAGAAAACUAUGAAUAUUAUGAAUAUUAUGAAGAAGGUGAUAAUGAAGAUACAACUGAUGAGCCAGAAUAUUAUGAAGAAGGUGAUGUUGAAAAAAGAGAUGAUGAGCCAGAAAACUAUGAAUAUUAUGAAUAUUAUGAAGAUGGUGAUAGUGAAGAUACAACUGAUGAGCCAGAAGAUUUUGAAGAAGGUGAUGUUGAAAAAAGAGAUGAUGAGCCAGAAAACUAUGAAUAUUAUGAAUAUUAUGAAGAUGGUGAUAGUGAAGAUACAACUGAUGAGCCAGAAUAUUAUGAAGAAGGUGAUAGUGAAGAUACAACUGAUGAGCCAGAAUAUUAUGAAGAAGGUGAUGUUGAAAAGAGAGAUGAUGAGCCAGAAAACUAUGAAUAUUAUGAAUAUUAUGAAGACGGUGAUAGUGAAGAUACAACUGAUGAGCCAGAAUAUUAUGAAGAAGGUGAUGUUGAAAAGAGAGAUGAUGAGCCAGAAUAUUAUGAAUAUUAUGAAGAAGGUGAUAGUGAAGAUACAAAUGAUGAGCCAGAAUAUUAUGAAGAAGGUGAUGUUGAGAAAAG